CCGGGAGGGUUGCUCCACUGUCGCUGCGAGGAGCGGCGGCCGGCUUUGCUCUGCUCUGCGCUGCUCGGUUGUGUGGCCGCACCGAGGGCCGCAAUGGCGGUGCCGGGUAGCGGGGAGCUCCGGGGACGGGCGGCCUGAGGCCUGGACCUGGGGCCGGGGAUGAGCAAGCAGGACGAGGCGGACCGCACCGUGUUUGUGGGGAACCUGGACAGCGGCGCCCGGGAGGAGAUCCUGUUCGAGCUCUUCCUGCAGGCGGGCCCACUAACUAAAGUGCACAUUGCCAAGGAGAAGGACGGCAGGCAGAAGACAUACGGGUUUGUCUGCUUCAAGCACACAGAGUCUGUGCCUUACGCCAUCACCCUGCUGAACGGCAUCCGGCUAUACGGUAGACCGCUGAAUCUGCAAUAUCGCUCCGGGAGCUCCCACACCACUGACGCAGGUACGCCGUACCUGGGAGCGGAGAACACUCUGUGUCGAAUGCCACAGGACAACUCCAGGAACCUUCAGUUCCCCAGUGGGCCCAGUUCCUCGCUGUUUCUAACUCCACCGUACUGUAUGAACAACAGUUACAGCCACCCUGAUCCCUACUACUGGCAGGCAAUGAUGAACUCCUACACCCUGCAGCAGUACCACCUCAGUUCCCAGCUACUCCAGCAGCAGCAGCAGCAGCAGCAGCAGCAGCAGCAGCAGUACUACCCGCCGACCUCGGUGCCUCCCAUGCCCAGCUUCGGGCAUCUGCAGGACCUCGCGGCCUGGCCAUGCCCUGCCACCCCAGACAGCAGCUGGCCCCCGCUGGAGCCCGAGCCCGGUGGUGGGGGGGGCAGCCGUGACCGACGGGACAGCGGAGGGGGGGGCAAGACCCUGGGCUCGGACAGCGACAGUGACGGCAGGAGCCAGCGCUUGCCGGCCUUCAGCAAGCACUCCUACAGGAAGCACAAGUCCAAGAAGAAGAAGUACUGAGGGUGGCGGGGCCUGAGGGAGGGGUACGGAAUCCCAACUUGCCAUCCCCCUCCCCCACACCGACAGAAUCCUGGCGUUCCCACCAUGUCUUGGCCGUGUAUGAGGACAGGCCGUGGAGAAGCCCCCCCAGCCCUGGGAUCGGCCAUUGUCAGCCGCCCACCCUCGCGGUGCGGGUACGAGAGGCUGGGCAGACAAAGCACCUCCAAACUGGGGACUGAAAAUGACAGAGGAUUGGAGCUACAGACUGCUGCACGCCCGCCCGCCCGCCAGCAAUGGGAACCAAGUGGCAUUGAAUGAAUUGAGGACCGCCGCAAAUCCGUGAGAAUUUCCCCCCCCCGAUCGACUGAAAUGAAACUAAAGGUACACAAAAAUGCUGGAGAAACUCAGCGGGUGCAGCAGCAUCUAUGGAGCGAAGGAAAUAGGCGACGUUUCGGGCCGAAACCCUGAAGGAAAUAGGCAACGUUUCGGCCCGAAACGUUACCUGUUUCCUUCGCUCCAUAGAUGCUGCUGCACCCUGCUGAGUUUCUCCAGCAUUUUUGUGUACCUUCGAUUUUCCAGCAUCUGCAGUUCCUUCUUGAAAUGAAACUAAGCCUGGCACCAGUGGUAAAGCCGCCACCUCUGUGGCCACUGGCGGCCAAGGUAGUGCGUGGCCGGUCAUGCCCAGCUCUCCUGCCUUAGCUCAAGUGCAAUGCCCGGCUGCAAACAUGUUACUUACUGGCAAGUUUAUUUAUCAAAUCAGACUCGCCAAAUGUUGGUCGCUUCCAGAAAUUAAAAGCUGCUGCUCUCAGUUCA